GGAACAGGGCAUGAGAGUUGUUUCGCUGCGCUUCCUGUUGCUAGGCAACCGCUUCCAAACUUCAGCUCGUGUUUACACGGCACGGGAAGAGAAAGGUAUUAUCCUGUCACAUAAUUUAUUAUUAUACAUGAAGAAUGAACGCUGGUCGGACUGUUGAGGGUGCGGGAUGUGUUACCUGGUGGGGUUUCGGACCAGCAAGAGACCUCCUGAACUCAGACAUACACACAUUGAGGUCACAUGGAGAGUUGAAUAUUUUGCUAGUGGGCAGUGGAGAUCCCAGACACAUCCUGAAGACCAUCACUGGACUGAGAGACUCUGACACGCUACAUGUUUGGGUUAUUGAGAACAACAUGGAAGUGGUUGCCAGACAGCUACUAUUGAUUUAUCUGUCACUUCUUACCCCCGAGAACAUGAGUCUACACAAGAAGACAGAAGUGUUUUUGGAGGUGUUUGGAAAUUCUGAGAUUCGCAGCAUGACGGAAGAGACUCUAAAACACGCAGCAGCUCAACUCUCUCUGUCCAUCACAAACACACUCUCUUCUGACUCACACACACAUCCUUGCCUUGACACAAGCCUUCUGAAGUUUAAGGAGAGAGAUGAGCUGGUCCGGAUCUUUAAACUGUGGGAACGCCCCCCAUCUGUGCCAGCAAGCAUGCAUAAGGUCUGGGAUGCCCGUGUUCGGCAGCACCUGGGUACUCGUUAUGACUCAAGACAAGGGUGUUUUGACUGGGAUCUCACCAUGAAAUUGCAUCAGAGAGGCUGUGGCGUCAUCAACAAAUAUCAGUAUGUGAAAUGGAGGGAAUGUGGUGUUGCCUUUGAAAUGAGGGAAGGGAUUUACCAAUCAGCCAAUCAGAGUUUGCUGUCCACUCGAGUAUUCAAUCAUAAAGGAGACAGGGUUGCAGUUAGAGGAUACUGGGGUGACAUUGUCUCCAGUCCAUACCUGUCCUUCGGCAUAGAGACAGAAAACAAAGACCUGCUGAAGAAACAGAACAAUCAACAUAUAAAGACUGCUCGGGAUAUUUCUGAAGUGAACAUCCAGGCAUUGUUUGAAAAUCUUGCAACUAGAGUAAGCUCUCCUCUGAGUGAUAAUGCACCCGAUCCACCCGCAGACAGUCCCAUAACAGCAGAGAAGAAAAAAACUACUCAACCUGCCUCUCAGACUCACACAGAAUCCAAGCAACAGCCAACUCCACAACAGACAACACAGAAUUUGAUGAAUGUGAAUGGAGUGAGAGUGUCGUUUCUGUCUUCAGAUUCUCUCAUCAAACUCCCUCUCAAAAGCAAAUAUAAGAACUUGUUCAACACAAUCUACUGUUCAGCGAGUAUGGUUCAUCUGCUGGAUUCCUCUCUAAGAGCGAUUGCAUCACCUGAUGCUGCUCUUGUUAUAGAGCUGGCAAAUUACCUGUUAGACCUUUCCAAAGAGCAAGUGUCAGGUUUUGCUGAAAGAGUGAAAGAGAUUGCAGAAGAAUCAGGAUUCACACCAGCACAAAACCAGAGCAGUGAUGUAUAUGCAGUAUUCACAGUGAAAAAGAACUGACCGUAUAGUCUCAUUUUAACACAUACACUACAAAUGUACUGUGAACUAUAUCAGCUAUUUGCAUUUUACAAAUAAAAAUUUUAGAAAGUUUGUCUAAACAGAUUUAUGCACCAAUUUACUGUAUAAUGACACUUAAUAAUAACUCAUUGUAUCAUUAACAAACGUCUUUGUCAUAUGAAUCUGAAAAUAUAUUAAAGGAUUAGU